AAAAAAUUUAAAGUACGGUGAAAACGUGUGGAAAUAAGAAAAUACACGCAAUCAAGUGUCAUUGGAAAUAUACAAAAAAAUAUAACACAUAACAAGAAGGAAUUCCACUCAUCAAAUGGCUUGUGACAAACAAAGAAUUUAUUAAUUAAACAAUUAAAAUUUAAGCAAAGUACAAAAGUCAGCACGUGAAAUCGCAAAAAAAAACAUAAGAGAACAAAAAAUUAAGGAGGACGGUCGGUGUCUCUUUACUUUUUCAUUUGUUGGUUGGUCGGUCAGCAGUGUGUGAAAAGCAAAGGGGAGGAUUGUGCAAAAAAAAUUAAUGCGUGUAUACGUGUGUGUUUGUUGCUUACCACAGCAAAAAGUGCAUUUUAAAAAGUUCAAAUAAUAGCACAUUGUUCGUCGUUGUUGCUAUAUGCUAUAACAGAAACGGAAUUAAAUGGUUCUUGUAGAAUAAGAAGAAAAAAAAGAAAACUCCCUCCGAUUUGCAAAAGUUUGCUUUUUUACAAAAAAACAAAUAUAGUAGAAUUUAUAAGCAGUACACCACCACCCCCAUACCAAAAAUGGCCUACAAAGAUCGCAUUCUGUCACCACAGCAAUUAAAGAAAUUGUCCGAACAUAAAUACUCAUGUACCAACUCAAGUCUAAUGGAUCCUUGGCUGCAGCCAUGGUGGAAUUGGCUUGUGUCAAAAACUCCCCUCUGGCUGGCACCAAAUCUAAUUACCAUUGUGGGUCUGGCUGUAAAUAUUAUCACAACUUUGAUAUUGGUCGCUUAUGCACCUGAAGGCACAGCACCACCCCCGCGAUGGACCUGCCUACUAUGUGCCAUUGGCCUUUUCAUUUAUCAAAGUUUAGAUUCCAUCGAUGGCAAGCAGGCGAGACGUACAAAUACAUCAUCACCAUUGGGAGAGCUAUUCGAUCAUGGCUGUGAUUCAAUAUCAACAGUAUUUGUGGCACUAUCAGCCUGUAUAUCAUGUCAAUUGGGUCACUAUCCCAAUUGGUUAUUCUUUCAGUGUUUCUGUGCUAUAGGUUUAUUUUAUUGUGCCCACUGGCAAACAUAUGUCUCCGGCACCCUACGCUUUGGCAAAAUCGAUGUAACUGAAGCUCAAUUUACCAUUAUCGGUAUACACAUGAUAUCGUUUUUCUUUGGCCCCGAAAUCUGGAUGACUAAGCUACCCAUUAUUGGCUACAAUAAAAAUAAUAUCAUAUUGUUUGGUAUUACCAUUUGUUAUUUCGUAAAUUUUGUGAAUUUUUGCAAAAUGUUUCUACAAGGCGGCAGUGGCAAGAAUGGCUCUUCAGUUGCUCUGUCAUUUAUUGGCUGUGAGUUGCGCAUACUGCCCUUAUAUUUUGCCUUUGGCAUUGAUAUUUUGUUAGCAUUACGUUACGCGAAAGUAAUCACAACUGAAGGAUGUGGCAAAAAUGGAUCUUCAGUGGCUGGUACCAGUGUCUUGUCACCCAGCAUACCAUUGACCUUGGUAGUGCUACCCGCAUUUAUAAUUGCUCAAAAAUCGCCUGAAAAUAUUUUCACCGAACACUCAGCCCUUUACAUUAUUGCCUUUGGCAUGGUGGCAGCAAAAGUGACGAAUAAACUUGUGAUUGCCCACAUGACCAAGGCUGAAAUGGAAUACCUGGAUUGGUCUUUACUGGGACCCGGUUUAUUGUUCCUGAAUCAAUAUUUCAAUUGUGUGGUGCCAGAAAUUUGGUUGCUUUGGUUUACACUGAUUUGGGGUACACAAGAUCUUGUGAGAUACUGUUCGCAGGUUUGCCUGGAAAUCUGUGCCCACUUGAAUAUCCAACUCUUCACCAUACCCUAUCCACCCAAGGGUGUAAAAGCUCAAACAUCGUCCAAGGGAGGCCAUCAGCAGCAACAACAGAGCGGCGGCGGCGCUUCAUCAGCCUCCUCGGCUAAAACCAAAAACGUACAAACUGUUAAUCAAGGUACUAACCCCCCAGUCAAACACAAAAAGAAGACAAACAACAGCACCAACAAUCAUCUGUGGGAGGCCAAAGAUGAUUUAAAUGGACUCUGAGAAUUAUUAUUUAUGUUAGACGGUGGUUCCUUCUACAACUAUUUCUUAUUGUUUCUUUUAUAAUUUCUAUUUUUUUUUUUCAUUUUUUAAUUUUAAAUAGAAUUUAUUAUUAGAAUUUUUUUUUGCUUUUGAGUUUUUUUCUGUUGUAUAUGUACGAUAUUUGUGUGUGUCAAGGAAUAGAAUAUAUACCUAUUAUAAAAGAAUUAAUUCGAAGAUGAUAAUUGAAAAACGGAUUAACAAAAAACCAAAUAAAUAUGAAAAAUUAAAAAAAAAA